UGGGAGGAGACAUCUUACCUGUAGAGACACUUCCUCCUCCGCCCCGUCUGCGCACAGGUGAGGAGGAAGUUCUACCUGAGCGGCACCUGCGCAUUUUUUCAUCUCCGUCCAGACGGAUCACUUGGGACCAAAGGUUCUUCUCCUGUGGCUUGUGAGCACUCAGGCAGGCAGCAGCAGCAGGAGGAGGAGGAGGAGCCCGGUGCCAUGAGGCGGUACGAUCACUACAUGCACAUCACUGCCAAUGACAAGAACCCGGAGGAGGAAAACGGCAAAGCCAAGCCCGGCGAGUCCAUACCAUUGAAAUCUCCAAUUUCGGAUGAUAGCUCACCUCAUAAUCCUCCAGCCGGCCCAUACUUCAGAGAUGGGCGGCAGCGGGUCGACUACGUCUUGGCGUAUAAUAUCCAGGAGCCUAGCAGUGCUCGGCGCCAGUCAUCCAGAUUUGCUGAACGUGGCGUCAUGCAAUGGCUGCACCGGAGCCUGAGCUCCAGAAGCAGCAGAGCCCCGCUGCAGCCCAAAAUAGACCCCGAAAUCGCUGCCCAGCACCAACCAUCCGACUACCAUGCAGAUGACAUGCACUUCAGGAGGGAAGAAUUCGAGCACAAGCUUCUGAACACGGGGCUGGAGCUGGAACGUGACGACAGGUGCAGAAUCCCUGGAAUUGGGUUCCUGAAGAUCCAUGCUCCAUGGAACGUCCUUUGUCGAGAGGCUGAGUUCAUGAAGCUAAAGAUGCCCACAAAGAAGGUUUAUGAAGUGAAACAAGGCAGUAACAUCGUGGAGAAGGUCAGGCUGUUCAUUCGCAAAGUCACUGCUCCUCUUCACCCAAACGUGGGCACCAGCCGGCAGCACACCGUGAAGUCUCUCUGUCACCCGUUCUCCAGGGAGAAGCAGCACCUAUUUGAGCUCUCUGACCGGGACAACUUCUUUGACAGCAAGACCAGGAGCUCCAUCGUCUUUGAGGUGCUGAAGAGGACAAAGUGCACCAAACUAAAACACUCCAUGGGGAUCACCAGUCUGCUCGCCAAUGGCACCUAUACAUCUGCUUAUCCUCCACAUGAUGGAGACAUCAAGGGGACAGAAUCCAACGACAGGAAGCUGCUGUACGAGGAAUGGGCCAGCUACAGCAUCUUCUACAAAUAUCAGCCCAUCGGUCUCAUCAGGAAGUACUUUGGAGAAAAGGUUGGGCUGUACUUUGCCUGGUUAGGAGUCUACACACAGAUGCUGAUCCCUGCAGCGAUUGUGGGUGUUAUUGUUUUCCUGUACGGCUGUGCCACCGUGGAUGAUAAUAUUCCCAGUAUGGAGAUCUGUGAUCCCAGGAACAACAUCACAAUGUGCCCGCUGUGCGACCGAGCCUGCAGCUACUGGAAGCUGGUGACAGCGUGUGGAACGGCCCGAGCCAGCCAUCUCUUUGACAACCCAGCCACCGUCUUCUUUUCCAUCUUCAUGGCCCUCUGGGCGGUUCUCUUCAUGGAGCACUGGAAGAGAAGGCAGAUGAGACUCAACUAUCUCUGGGACCUGACGGGCUUCGGCGAGGAGGAAGAGGAGGAUCAUAAGGAUCACAACCGAGCUGAGUACGAGUUAAGGGUCAGCCGGAAGAAGGCAAAACUGGAACAGACCACCCCGAAGGGUGAGAAGGUGAAGCUGACGUGUGUGGACAGACUUCCGUUUUAUUUGACCACCGUGGUCAUGAUGUGCUUCAUGAUCACCGUGACAUUUGCCAUCACCUUCGGAGUCAUCCUGUACAGAAUCAGCAUUAAGGCAGCGCUGCACAUGAGCGACUACCCCGUGGCUCGGGAAAACGUCAGAGCCACCGUCAAAACCACCGCCGCCAUCAUCAACCUCAUUGUCAUCAUCAUCUUAGAUGAAAUCUACGCCUCCAUUGCGCGUUGGCUCACCAUGCUAGAGGUCCCAAAAACAGACAAAAGCUUUGAAGACCGGCUGAUCUUCAAAACCUUCAUCUUGAAGUUUGUAAAUGCCUUCACACCGAUUGUCUACUUGGCCUUUUUCAGGGGAAGGCUCGUCGGCCGUCCAGGAAACUACCUGUAUGUUGUUGGAAGCUACAGAAUGGAAGAGUGUGCUCACGCAGGCUGCCUCAUGGAGCUCUGCAUCCAGUUGUGCAUCACCAUGUUGGGCAAACAGCUCAUCCAGAACAACCUCUUUGAGAUCGGAAUACCGAAGCUGAAGAAACUAAUACAGAAGAGGAAGUCAGAUGCAAAGCAAGUGGAGGAUCUCGAGAAGACCCUGCAACGACACGAGAAGGACCACUUCCUGUUUCCCUUUACUGGGCUCAGUCCCGAGUACAUGGAGAUGAUAAUCCAGUUUGGGAUGGUCACUCUUUUUGUGGCCUCCUUCCCUCUGGCUCCACUCUUUGCUCUGCUCAAUAAUAUCAUUGAAAUUCGCCUGGAUGCCAAGAAGUUUGUUACGGAGCUGCGCAGACCGAUUGCUGCCAAAGCCAAAGACAUAGGGAUCUGGUACAAUCUGUUGAGGGGCCUCAGUAAGGUCGCAGUCAUCGUGAAUGCUUUUGUCAUUUCUUUCACAUCUGACUUCAUCCCACGACUUGUCUACCAGUAUGGAUACAGCCCUGACGGCUCCUUGCAUGGCUUUGUAAACCACUCGCUGUCUUACUUCAACGUCAAAGAUUUCCAGCCAGACACAGACCCUGUCAAGCCAAUGCACCUUGGCUACAAGGUGGAAAUAUGCAGAUAUAAGGACUACAGAGAACCUCCCUGGUCUGCCACACCGUACGAACUGUCUAAGGAGUUCUGGGCCAUUUUGGCAGCACGCCUCACCUUCGUUAUCAUCUUUCAGAACGUGGUGAUGCUGAUGAGUGACUUUGUGGACUGGCUGAUCCCAGACAUCCCCAAGGACAUCAGCCUCCAGAUGCACAAGGAGAAGAUCCUGAUGGUGGAGCUCUUUAUGAAGGCAGAGCGAGGGAAGAGGUUCACAGUACGGGAGAGACACAGUCAGGGCAACUGCGCUUCCUCGUCAGCCAAUCAGAGCCCGCCGCAGCCCCAGUCACGCCCCGUCUCACACACCACCAACUGAUACUAACUGCCAGCUCCGGAGUCUGGGAAAACAAAUGCAAAGACCAACAAGCAAAUGCAUCACAUGUAAACACGCUACAGUGAAGCUUUCUAACUCAUAUCUCAUUAACAACACCUUUGCUGCAUUCAAGAUGUGUGUGAAUAUUUGCAGUGAAGUCAACAGUGAUUCCAACUGAGUUUGACUUUGUUCACAUUACAGACCUGAUCGCGUGAAGUUUACAGCAGAAGUGGGUACCCCCCUGUGCCAUAUCACUCAAAUGCCAAAUGAUCCAAAAUAGUAUCAACUCAGUAAAUUCUAUGACAUCUAAGCUGAAGAGUGACAAAGCAGGUGGCCAUCUGGAAGAGGAGUUGGACCACCAUUAUGUAGAGAGAGGUUCCACUCCAGAUAUGUACUUCAGUCUACUUGUCUCUAUUCUUGCACAAGACACUAAAUCUGCAUCUUGUCAAGCCACUCGGAUGUAAAUGGGUACCAGCUUUGGAUGGGGAAGUAACCUGUAACAGGCUGGCAUCCCAUGCAGACAGAUUCGUAGACUCUGUUCUUCAUGCUGCAAUGAGCCUCAGAGAAUUUCAGUUGAACUAAAGGGUAUUUACUCUUUUGUAAAAUUAAACACUGUUUCAGUUUACUUUAUUUACACUUCCCACAGUAGGAACUCGAUGUGACAAAAGACAGUACACCUUUCAUUACUGAGAUCUGAAGAAUUUAUUGUUUUUAUGCUUUGAAUCCACCUUUGAUGGCAGAGUCAGGACUCCUUAGCAGGGAGGUGCUGUGCAACAUUGAAGGAUAUUUAUUAGGACUAUCACUGGUAUUAUGUCUGAUUCUAUACUUCCUGAUUAUUGGCGCAACUGGUUUUGACUGAUUUUUAGUCCAAUAUCUUUUUCCAUCUUUGUCAUGUCUCAUAAUCUGAUGUUUUCAUUUUAUUGGCGAUUGCAUUCCAUGUGGACACAUGAGGCAAACUAGCCUCAGGUCCAAAAUUGAAAUCUUUCUGGUCUUCAAGUCAUGUUAUGGCCAUAUUCAUAGCCACUUACAAAUCACAUGUGUGUUCUUGCUGCACUGAGUUUCUACUUUGGGACCUGUUUUUUCAAUACAGUAAUUCUAAAGUAUUUUGUCUUUGAUUAUUUAUAAGGUAAACACUCUAUUUGUCAACUCAGAAAUAACACAGUUCUUCAGGAGUUUGAAUCAGUUGGUAUGUAAUCCAUCAUGCACAAGGCUGUAUUCAUUUCUGUUGUAUACUGUUUGUUUCUAUGGAUGAUAAUGUCCAAAAUAAUGUUGUUUAUUGGAUGUAUUUGAAAGGAAUAAGCCAUUUACUUUAUCCUACUUGGGGUAUUUUUUUUUUCUUGAAGACAUGAACUUUCAAGACACAUAGAAAAAUAGACAUUUUAUGGAGUACAACAUCUACAGUGGGGCAAAAAAAUAUUUGGUCAGCGUUUGAUUGUGCAAGUUCUCCAACUUAGAAAGAUGAGA